AGUUUGCGGCCGGCUGCUAUUGUGCUAGGACCAUAAACAUGAGGAGGACCUGAAGCAGCAGUAGACAGAAGAAGAAGACAGCAGUCUGCCCGCACUUACAUCUCAGAUUGAGAAUGUCGAGGUACUCGAGAGACCCACCGGAUGGUGGUUAUGGCUGGGUUGUGGUUGCAUCGGCUUUCUUCAUCAUGGGACUAACCGCUGCGGUGCUGAAAAACUUUGGCUUGUUUUUCCUAGAACUCCAAAACUACUACAGUGUCCUCACCAGCACUACCUCAUUGAUGACCUCCACCACCAUUGCAGUGUUUCAUCUGGGAUCUCCUCUGGCCAGUGCUCUCAGCAUGCAUCUGUCUCAACGGCCUGUUAUUAUGGUCGGAGGACUUCUGGCUGCCUCAGGAAUGAUCAUCGCCUCUUUGGGCCUCAGUCUGCCUUGGAUGUAUCUGUCUGUGGGUGUAAUUCAAGGACUGGGGGUCUCAUUUACUUGGGUUCCAGCAAACAGCAUGGUCAACCACUAUUUCAAGCGCUGGCGUCCCAUCGCCUGCGCCAUCUCUAGUUCAGGAGAGUGCGUCUUUGGCAUGGCCUUCAGCCCGUUUUUCCAGUGGCUCAUUGAAAGCUACUCCUGGCGGGGCGCUCUUCUGGUCAUCGGCGGUCUCCAGCUCAAUCUGAUUGUUUGUGGCGCUCUGAUGAAGCCCCUUCAACCUGUACAAACCUGCAGGAAAGCUGUGCUGGACUCAAAAGAGGAAACCAGGACAUCCAAAAAAGUAACUUUCCAAUGUUCUCUCAUUCAGAGGCCUGAGCUGCUGCUUUAUAUUGUGUUCGCCAUCUUUGCUGCCGCGGGUUUUUUCAUCCCGCCGUUGUUCCUGGUGCCGUAUGUCAACAAUUUAGGCAUGGAUCAAUACUGGGCUGCCUCUCUUUUGUCAGUGCUGUCAUUGGCAGAUCUGUUGGGCAGGCUGGGAUGUGGCUGGCUGGCUAAUCUGUGCCUUUUGCGAAACCUCCAGUUGUUGACUAUGGUUGCGACGGCUAUGGGAGUGGUGUUGCUCCUGCUGCCCAUCGCGUACGGCUACUGGAGCGUACUGGUAUUUACAUCGCUCUAUGGUUUUUUGUUUGGCUGUGUGGUGGCCAUUCAUGUGACCAGUAUUGUGGAUAUCGUUGGACUGGAGGGUUUUGACAGCGCUCUAGGACUCUUCAUGCUGUUACGGAGCAUUGGAGGAUUUCUGGGUCCACCUGCUGCAGGCUGGCUGGUGGACUGGACUCACAACUUCGGUGCUGCUUUCUACUUGUCUGGCAUCUGUCUGCUCCUGUCUGGGUGUUUCGUGGUGCUCGUGGACUGGCUGGUGGAGAAGAAAAAGAAGAAGAAGCUCCAGGAAACACUUCAAGAUCCAUGCACUGAGACUACAGAUCUCAAAGCAGAUGUUUAAAAGCCAGGGAGGAUUUUUUACCAGUGUUUUAUUAUUUCAUUAUAUGAAUUUUUGUCUAUUUAAAGCCAUAUUUUAUGAAAGCCAUUGUUUUUAUCUUUUAAUAAAAGCAACAAGGAUAUAA